AUGUCUGUACAGCCUGGUCGAUGCACAUUGAGUUGUGCGCAGGUGGGCCCGGUGGCUGCGCAGGAGGCUGGUGGUGAUUCGGGAGAGGCGCCCGUUGAAUUCCGGACGGAAAAGGAAAAAAAAAAAAAAAAAAAAAAAAAAAAAAAAAACUUCGCUCCUCUCCGCCUCCUUCUGGGGCCGUUCGACUCGGCAGCGCAGGCUGCCCGCACGAGUCUGCAAUGCAGGCGCGAACCCAAUUCCUGGCAAGCCCAGUUUCCAACAUAUGCAGAGGGUGUGCUGGGCACCUUGGCAGCGUAUCACGUCCUUUGCUCCUCUCCCCCUCCUUCUGUGGCCGUGCGACCUGGCAGCGCAGGCUGCCCGCACAAGCUUGCGAUGCAGGCGGAAGCCCAAUCCCCAACGUUUGGCGAGCCCAUGUUCCCAAGUAUUCAGAGGGCCUCCUAA